CGUCUCAACACGGAGUUACCGGUGCAACAAGCAGCUUUUUGUGCGGAGUUUACCCACUAAGUUCGCGAGGCAGGAGUUCCAGAUCUACUUGACUGGAACAAGAUCGAAAGAUUUGGUCCGUCCAUCUUCAAGUGUUUUUGUGCACGUUGAAGCUUCGCAGCCUAGUUAUCUUAGCAUAGCUUAGCUUGCGAACAGAACAACGUGGUUCGACGCUUGAACAUCAAGUUGGAGCCUCCUAAAGUGUGCAAAAUGAGCGCAAGAAGGACGCCAGCCACAAAGUUAGAGGCGGAACUUUUUGGCGCAAAAGAUCAGCGACAACAUCAACUAUCGGCUGCCUGCAAAAUGCAAGUUAAAGUUGUUCUUCGCAGACUAUCAGGUUUCAGCAAAUAUCUUGGUCCUGAGUGGCGGGAGUCUGAGACCCCUGACAUUCAAGAGGAAGUUGAGCACCCGCAAAUGAAACAGGAAGAGCCAGAACACCCUCAACAGCAAAAGAGAGAAGUACAACUUCCAAUCAAAAAGGAGGAGGUAGAGUUGCCAUACGCUAAAGAGGAGGACGAUAUCACCGUGUCCACUGGUGAGACCUUGAAUAGCGAGUAUGGUCCGAGUGAGCCCAGCAGAGGGACGGAGCCUCCAAGCAGCAGCUCAAAAGAUGGACUGGAAGCACACAUUUUCAUCGCACCAUCAGAUAGAAAUGGUGCCAUGUCACACUCACCUUACAAAGAUGAUGGUCAUAAGAAAUCUCACUGUGUGGAAACCUUUGCUAAUAACUAUACUUGUCGUUUGCAUAUGAAGAGCCACACUGGUGAAAAUCGUCUUGUCUGCUCAGAUUGUGGUCAAAAAUUCAGUUCCAAGAACACUUUAAAAAGUCACACAAGAACUCACACUGGUGAAAAACCUUUUCCCUGCUCAGUUUGUGGUCAAAGAUUCGGUCGAAAGGGACACUUAAACACACACACAAGAACCCACACUGGUGAAAAACCUUUUCCCUGCUCAGUUUGUGGUCAACGAUUCAGUCUUAAAAGUAGCUUAAAAGUACACACAAGAACCCACACUGGCGAAAAACCUUUUUCCUGCUCAGUAUGUGGUCAAGGAUUCAGUAAUAAGAGUGCCUUAAUAGUACACACAAGAACCCACACUGGCGAAAAACCUUUUUCCUGCUCAGUUUGUGGUCAAGGAUUUAGUCAUAUGAGUAGUUUAAAAGUCCACACAAGAACCCACACUGGCGAAAAACCUUUUUCCUGCUCAGUUUGUGGUCAAGGAUUCACUCAAAUGCAACAAUUAAAAGUACACACAAGAACCCACACUGGUGAAAAACCUUUCGUCUGCUCAGUUUGUGGAAAAAGAUUCACUCAGAAGGGCGCCUUAAACACACACACAAGAACCCACACUGGCGAAAAACCUUUUUCCUGCUCAGUUUGUGGUCAAGGAUUCACUCAAAUUCACCACUUAAAAGUACACACAAGAACCCACACUGGUGAAAAACCUUUCGUCUGCUCAGUUUGUGGUCAAGGAUUCACUCAAAUUCACCACUUAAAAGUACACACAAGAACCCACACUGGUGAAAAACCUUUUUCCUGCUCAGAUUGUGGUCAAAAAUUUGCCUGCAAGGAUCGGAUUAAGAGACACGUGUGUAUUGGUGUGAGAAGCAGUGGCCAAUGACUGUUUUGUUUGUCAUACAUACCACCUUUAUUAGAUUGUGCACACAGGUAAAUUGUAGUUUGUUGAGUUCCCUCAAAUCCUGUUGAGGAUGGGCAGUAUUGGUGCCUUAUAUUCAAUUCAAUUUUAUUUGUAUAGCCCUGGAUCACAACAAAAUUGUCUCAAAGGGCUUUGCAGAGGCAAUAUGAUACACAAUCAGAAACAGCAAAUGAAGCAACAUGUGAUUUGUCCAAACCUUGUAUGACGUGGAUCCACACGGUUGCCAAAAAUAUUGGCUCACCUGAUUUAACUCUCAGGUUGAAUGGCAUUAUUUAUAUAAUACUCGCCCUCUUUGAAACUACACUUUUCACAGCUAAUAUUUGAAACAGUAGACCCCAAAUUACAACAUUUCUAAAUCAUUCAUCAAUAGUAUAAUUACAUGAAGAUGCAAAAUUAUGAUUGGCUCACAAUUAUUAGUUUUUUUGGGGAGGGCGAUUAUGAUUUAAAAAGUUACUAUUACUACUCUUGACUGACAGUGACUGUUACGACAGAGUAUUGGGGACAAAUAGAGGGAGGGGAAAAAAUGAUGGCAUUUUACUCUUACUACAAGGAAAAAGUCGGAUUAUUACGUAGGAGUAAUGUAACUGAAUAAGGGGCUACAUACUUUAUGUACACGUACCUUAGCUGGGAGCUCCGACAAAGUAUUCGUACAAAUCCUUUGAUGGAUUAAAAUUUCAUGUAGAUGAGCUAAAAGGUAACGGAUUUCCUUAUUUUGAAAACUGAUUAUAAAACACAGCUUCAUGGGAUGCUUUCAUUAUUGUUGACUUUAGUGGAGGGGGCAAAGCGCUUCAGAAAGUACGCGGCUACUUAUUCAGCUACAUUACCCCUACGUAACAGGAUGACUUUUUUUCCUCGUAGUAACAGUACGACUAUAGUCUCGUAUUCCUCUAUUCUUUAUUUUGGCCUAAUACUUGUACAAAUUGGACAAUGGUUAUUAAAAUUUUGGUUUUAAUCAUUCCGGCUUCACUCGAUUUAAAAUCUCUCGACUCUGCUUCAAAUUUUAAAGGGCUUGUACUUAAAUUUUAUUCAUUAUAAACAACUUGUUUUUAUUCAGUCCUUGCAUCCCCUUCCCUUUGUUCAGAACAAGCCUACUUACAAUUCUAAUAUUAACAUUCAAAACUGGGUUGUUACUAAAACCUAUACUUUGUUACCAAGUCGAUUCUAAGAUUCAGAAAAUUUGACAGGACUGCGUUUUUUGCAAUACCGAAGUAUCGCCGUUACAGACGCAGCAGAUCUGGCCGCUUCUUUUGUGUGGCAUACGAGGCGACACAAGUUGCUGGAAAAGCAGUCAUUUACACCGCUAAAAUGGGGGUUGUAAAUAGGGCUGCAGCUAUCGAAUAUUUUAGUAAUCGAGUAAUCGGAUAAAACAAAUAUAUUUUUAGGUGAAGAGCAAUUAUAAAUAUACAUGAGAAAACAAAAAAUUUCAUCUAAUCUUGAACCAUUUUCAGUCAAUCAAUGUCUUUAUUUUCGAUGUAUAUUGUUGAAAACAGCCAACAAUUGCAUCUCAGAUGUAACUAGAAUUAAAAAAAAAAAAGACUAAUUCACUGCUUUCACUCAAAAAACUUUUAGAUCUUAUUAAAAAAAAUAAAAAUAAAAUAUAUAUAUAUAUAUAAAACCUAAAGAUGCCGUUACGCUUGAUAACACACAUCACUUAAAAGUUAGGAUUUUUUCCCACGUGUUUCAAUUGAAUUUCUCUUUGUGUCAAGCCAUUUUUAAGUUCUAGUUAAGUUUUAGGUUAGUCUAAACUGCCGAUGAUUGUAAACUUUUAUAGCAAAGUUUGAUUUUUGCCUCAGCUAGCUACCAGUAAGCUAAACCGCGCUAGGCAUUAUGGGAAACGUAGUUUUGAACUGCUACGUUUGGAAACAUGCUGAUUGAAUAGUUUGUCAGUUUAUUUCGGUUUUUGUUUGUGUGCAAUCUAGAACAUUGAAUGAGAACAUCAAUUGAAUGGGAAUAACAAUUUGUCAAGGACAAUUGUCGUGAUUGUAAUUUAUAAAAAUGUUUAGGUGGCACAUAGCGUACUGUGUGUAUGUGUAUUGACUGGACCACAUUUCUAUGGGUCUGCAUUUUAUAUAUAUAUAUUAUUAUUAUUAUUUUUUUUUAAAGUCAUUAUUUUUUUUUCAAACUACAUUUUUCCAUCCAGAGUAAGGGGGCACACUUUAAAUAUAUUAAAGUGAUAUUGGCAUCAUUGACUGAACUUCAAAUAAAAUUCAAGUAUCUUGAGGCCGGGCUGAGGGUCCUCUUUUUUAGAAAUCAAAAUAUGGUCACCCUAGCUUAGGGUCCCUUGUAGUCGUUAGCCGCCACGAGCUAGCCGCUAGCACUAAUCGCUAAUGCUAAUCGUUGGCCCCUUUAGCCACAUGGUGGAGGCUGAAUUUUGUUUGUUGCCUAUUCACUUAUCUAAAUUGUAAUUUAUUUUCCUGCUUAAUGUGUAUGCUCAUUAUUGUGAAUGAUUAGCUUUGUAUGCAUUAUGUAAGCAGUGUAUUUCAUUUAUAUUAUAUUUAAUGUUGUUCCUGUUAAUUUAGAUAUGUUUAUAAUACAGUAUAUGUUUGUAGGUUAUAUAUAUUACUGACAUGUUAUAUGGUUAUCUUGUAUUUACAGAAACCACAAUACAACAAAAUAAAUCUCAUACUACUUUCAUCAUCAUUAAAGGAAACAAAUCCUGAACGUCCCCUGAUGAGUCUCUGGUCAGAGUCAUAACUCCAUAGCGUCGCCGGCUUUAUACCACACACCCACAGAGGGAUCCCCAUCAAAUGAACCCUCUUUUUCGGUUAUUAUUAUUAUUAUUAUAAUAUAAUAUAUCAUUAUUUUAUGUAGUUUUGUUCCGUGAAGAAUCCAGAAUGGGUUAUUCUAUUGUGGCUCUCUGAAAAACAAUACUUUUUUACAUUUAGGCACUCCUGCAAUCGUCACUUUUUUUUCUGUUACAAACUGACCCCGGGCUCUCAUCAGAGAAGGGAAAAGUUAUGUGGCCCCCACAGGAAAAAGUUUGGGGACCCCUGCAAUAGAGCAUCUUUGGGAUGUGGUGGAACGGGAGAUUCGCAUCAUGGAUGUGCAGCCGACAAAUCUGCACCAGCUGUGUGAUGCCAUUAUGUCAAUAUGGACCAAACUCUCUGAGGAAUGCUUCCAGCACCUUGUUGAAUCUAUGCCACGAAGAAUUGAGGCAGUUCUGAAGGCAAAAGGGGGUCCAACCUGUUACUAACAUGGUGUACUUAAUAAAGUGGCCAGUGAGUGUAUAUGUACAAUUUUACCAAAGCAAAAGAAUUCUAUAGGGAUUGAAUUAGGCAAUCAAUUUACAUAUUGUACAUUUGGCUUUUUUCCCUCCAUCAGACACGCGCGUGAGGACCUUGCAGGUUUGAUCAAGUUGAUGGCGCUAUACUUUCUUAUUAGAGUGCUGGUGCUGGCGGGGUCCUCAGGAAAUGACGUCAUCAGGUAGCGGCCGUCAGCGAGGUGCAUCCCGAGUUAUGGCAGUAACUCAAAAACUAAGCGGUCAUUUAAAAAAAAAAAAAAAAAAAAAUUUAUACUAUGAGUUUUGAGACAGCAAAUGUUGCAUUUAAUACAAUUUAACCGAAUAAAACGCUCAAGAACGAAAUACAAUUUGUAUUUCACGCUUGCUUAAGUCGCGAAUGGUGUCAUUGCAUACUGUGAACAACUGUGUACAUUUGUCAAAGGAGGCAUCUCAGCUCCGAGCUAAUGAGGAAAACAUUAACACAAAACAAGUGAGUAUCUUUCCAGUUUCACGUUGGACAAAGUACGCAAAAAAAAAAAAAAGGCGGUGUCGUAUACGUGCGCGUCAUGACGUAGAGGAUGUGAGUGGCUUGAGUAGCCAUCCGAUUGCUUUGGGAAAAGUGGUGCUACUUAAGCUUGAGAACGAUAAACCGAUACGACCGGAUAUCCGGUUUUACAGGUGAGAGUAAAGUUACCAUUCGACAGUAAUUACCCAUUAAAUAUUCAAUGAACUGAUAGUAGAGAUAGAAUUCGGCUAUCGCGAGCACAAGAAUCGGCUUCUAAUGCCUAGAUCAAUGCAUUGCUUAAUAUGAUAAUUUAGCUUUUACCUCACAUGCUGCGCUUGAGUCAUUCACCACACAGCGCACUUAGAUUGUGACCGCCGUCGUGGUUGCCUCAAAUUCCCAUUCAUUUCGGCAGAACCGCUAGUAGUCGCCGUCAUUACCCGAUCGUCACUGGCGUGUCAUAACAACGAGAGAGCUAACAAAACCACUGUUACGCACGCUCCGUAGCGUUUUCUUCACAGCCCAAAACGAAACUAGUAGCGGCAACGAAGCAACAUGCUAAAACAAUGGACAGUUUGCAUACCACGCCAGCGACGUGCAUCGAUUGAUUUUUAACGCACCCAGGAAAACAAAAGUCGGACUUCCAAGUGUCGAAGGCAGCCAAAUCUGUUCACAUGGGACAGAACUAGAGUGAAAAUAGGAAAGCAGAAAAAAUAAUUGAUGUUUUGGGAAAAGCUGUGACUUUUUUGUGAAUAGUUGCUUAUAGUAUUAUUCAUUUUUUCUUCUGAUGUGCAAUGUUUGGUACGUUCAUACCCCCUGGCAUAUUUGUGUUCUUUUGUUUUUUGGUUUGUAUUAUUAUUUUCUGUCUAUUUCUGUGUUUGUAUUGCUGUUUGUUCUGUCGUGUUGUUGUUAAUUAAAAAAAAAAAAAAAAACACACAGCUAGUGUGAAGCGGUACAGCGAUCGUGAGUUUUUAACCCUAAAAAUCAACCCACUGCAAUGGUGGAAAGGGCGGCAUAUUGUUUCCACGAAACG